AUGACCAUUGGAAGUCGUCCCCUUAAGUUUGUCUCCACUUGUAAGUCAGCUUUGCUCAGUGCUGAGAGGCUGAGAAAAAAUACUUGGCUCCAGCAGUUCUCGGAGGUGCAGACCACGAAUCAGUUCCGAAGAGAGCUCGCGGACCGAUUGGAUGAAUGCACCAUGGCCACUCGGCGCUUGGUCACGCCCAUUCUGCACUACAGGGCAGUGGAGGCCUACUUGAUGCAGGUGGUGCGGCAAGCUCAAGAGCGUGGUGUUCCAUUGCCGCAAUUCCUUGAGGCUCCUGAGACGCAGAGGAUGCUCUUCGACUUUCGCAAUACCAUCGAUGCAGAAGGUGACAAGGGUGCCGAUCGAAUUUUCCAGGAUUGGCAUCAGCGGGGUAUCAAGGAAGAUGCUGCCAAGCAAGAGCGCCGCAAGAUCGAAGGGCCCAAAGCAGUUUCUAGUAUGAAGGAAGUGCAUGAUGGCCUGAGUUUUGCCACCAAGUAUCGCAAGGAUGGGGUGGUGGAAUGGGAAAGAGGCAAUGCUGAGGAUGCCUUAAAGGCGUGGCGACUUGGGUGCGAGGCUUUGGAAAGGAUACUGGUGCCCGACACUCAUGCUUCCGAGCAGAAAUUCUUCUCGGAGGUCCGAGUGGCGCUCUUGAAGAACAGAGCUCUAGCAGCACUCAAGCUGCAUGGUUGGCAGGAGGCGCUUGAAGCUGCAGAGGAUGUGCUCAAGAUGGAUGACCAGGACCACAAAGCUUGGUUCCGAAAAGCUUGCGCUUUAGAAGGCCUGGGCCGGCUCCGGGAGGUGGAGAGAUGUCUGAAGAUGAUAGAUACCAUUGCAGUCGGGCGUCCUGACAGGGACCGCCUGGAGCGUGAGACCUCUGCCAAGCGGGAGAAGGUGCAAGCGCUGCUCAGCCGAGACGAGGCGUCGCAGCAGCGCAUGCUGAAGCUGGGGCUGAAGAAAGGUCUCUUCAGCGAGGAGCGAGCUGCUGCACCUGUCUUGAAGAAGGCACAGCAGGCCUUGGCACCGGAUGUCCUCGGACAGACUCCGACGUUGAUGAAUGUGGACGAUGCCACUCGAAAGCGGCUUACGCACGAUGGCACUGAAGAGCUUCUGAAGGAGCUUGAGCUCGUCUACUCGGAGCCCAACUUCCGAGAGCAGGUACGGAAGCUUGCUCGAGAUGUGAAUGACCAGGAGGAGUUCGUUCGCUACCUGAAUCAGGUGGCUUUGCCAGUGCAGAAGCCGGUCCUGGAGCGAUGGGGCUUCGAGGCAACAGAAGUCGGCGUCACUGAGAUGCGAAAGGCCAUUCAGGACCACACCGUAGGUGAUGAUGCAAAGCUCAAGAGGCAAGCUCAAGCUACCACGCGUGCGCUGUAUGGCGAGAUGUACAAUGCGGUCCGAGGUAAGACGGAUCGGGAGCGAGGCGCUCCGACGUCGGCCUCCUUCGUCCCGGACUGGGUCUCAUCCACAUGGAUAGCAGAUGGUAGCAGAGCUUUGCAUGAGCUUAGCUGUUGA